CUGACCGCUGUGCCAGCGACACCCACUUGUACUUAGGGCCGCGCGCAAGGCUUCAACGCCGGGAAGAGCGACGAGUCGCUUGCAGGCCUCGCGUUUGGAACUUCUGCUGCUCUCAAGACGAAACAAUAAGAAAAUAUAUAGUUUGGAAGCUGCGAUAGGGUCAGCACAGGCAGUUUGCACUAUCCUUCCAGAGGAACCUGGCGGACAAUGCCGCUAUCGCUCCAGCCUGCCCGUCAAGGGCUUCGAGCGCCUGCUAAGCAGGCUCAGCAUGCGCGCUCCGGAAAGCCAGUCCUGAACCUGCCGCGCGGCGCCACGGUGGCUGCCGCGCGGUACCGGAUUAUUGAGGACCCGCCCGCCGCGCCGCCGCCGCCGCCGCCCGCCGCCGUCGUGGAGGCGCCCGCGCCGGCCGUGGCGGAUGUCGUGACUGCCGCGCCGGCCAGCGCCGCCGCCGAUGCGGCUCCCGCCAUCGCUAACCCCUUCGCCGCCGCCAUGGCCGCCGUCAGCGAGGCGGCGGAGAAGGUGACCGACGCCGCCACCGACGCCGCCGCCGCCGUCGCCGACGCCGCAUCCGAUGCCGUGGACGCCGUCUCCGACGUCGCCAGCGGCGCCGCCGACGCGGUCGUGGACACCGCCGCCACCGCCGCCGCCUCCGCCGCCUCCGCCGUCAGCGCAGUGACGGAGGCGGCGGCGCCGGAGGCGGCCGCCGACGCGGUGUCGUCGGCUGUGUCGGACGCCGCCGCCGCCGCCUCCAGCCUGGCGGCGCAGCGCUACCUGGAGAUGACCAGCAAGGCAGCCAAGGUCAAGCCUGGCAGUUCCGCUCCUUCCUUCGAGGCGCCCUCCUUCUCCAUGCCCGACUUCAGCGGCGUGCAGCUGCCCAAAUUCAGCGCGCCCGAUCUUUCCAGCGUCAAAAUCCAGGUUCCCAAGAUCUCCCUGCCCGAGUCCGCCGGAUCCGGGUCCGGAUCCGAGGGGGCCGGCGCCGGCGUGACGCUACCCAAGGUCGAGAUCCCCAGCUUCAAGCUGGAUCUGGAUCUGCCGGAGCUGCCCGACGUCGGCGGCGCCGCCGGCGGCGCCGCUGCUGACGUCAGCGCCGCCGCCGCCGCGGCGGCGGCGGAGGCCAACGCCGCCGUCAGCGGCGUCUUCAACACCGUCAGCGCCUCCGUCGGCGGCGCGGUGUCCUCCGUCAGCGCCACCGUUGGCGGCGCCGUCAGCAGCACCAGCGCCGCCGUCGGCGGCGCGCUGGCGGCUGGCGCCGCCGCCGUGGACGCCGCCACCGGCGGGCUGCUGGCGGAGGCGGACCGCGAGCUGGCGGGCGUGCGGCAGGUGGCGGACAAGGCUUCCGCCGCCGUGGGUGCCAGCCUGGAGGGCGUGAGUGCGGCCGUGGGCUCAGCCACAGCGGCCGUGUACGGAGCCCUGCCCGCGCCGGCGCAGGUGCUGGCCCGCGACCUGGGCGAGGUGGUGGGCGCCUUCGCUGCCAACCCCGCCUCCAGCCUGGUGCUGGCGGGCCUGGUGGGGGUGCCGCUGGGCGCCAAGGCCUACCUGGACAGGUACGGCGGCUACAGCGGCGACUUGGCGCCCGCCGCCGUGAAGGAGCUGCUGGCGCGGGAGGACGCGCUGGUGGUGGACGUGCGCAGCGAGGCGCAGCGGGCGGAGUCGGGCAUCCUGGAUCUGCGCAAGAGCUCGCGCUACCGGGCCGCCGCGCUGCCCGCCGACUCGGUCACCUUCUCGCCCAAGUGGGCCAAGGAGCGCGCCAGCGACAAGCAGCUGGGUGUGCUGACGGCGGCGCUCCUGAUCGCCAACCUGACGCGUGUCUCCACGCCGCUCACCAAGGUGGUCAUCAUGAACGACAAGGAUGACGUGGCGGCCCGCGAUCUGGCUCGUGCGGUGCGGCAGGCGGGCGUGCUGCGCGUGUACGUCAUGGGAGGCGGCUUCCAGGCCUGGCAGGCUGCGGGCCUGGGUGUGGUGUCGGGCCGGACCGAGUACGACGCCUCGGCGCUGGCGGUGUUCGCGGACGAGGUGGCGGAGGUGGCGGCCGAGGUGACGCCCAAGCUGAAGGACCCGGCCUUCCUCACCACCGCACUGGCCACCUCCAGCCUGGCCAUCUACGCGGCAGCCAACUACCACACCACCCUGCGCUAUGUGGCGGUGUGGGGCAUCAUGGCUACGAUCUACGCCCGCCUCUCCAAGUACAACUCGCCGCAGGAGUUCCUGGAUGACGUGCAGGCCGGCCUAGCCGCCGCCUCCGCCGCCGCCUCCGCCGCCGCCGCCGCGGCCGCGAGCAGCGCCAGCAGCGCCGCCGCCAGCCGCGCCGCGGCGCCCGCCGCCAUCGCUGGCGGCGCUGCCUCCGCCGCCUCCGCCGCCGCUGCGCCGGCCCUGGCGGCGCCCAAGCCCGCGGCGCCCAAGCCCGCGGCGCCUAUGAUUGCCCCGGCCCCGGCCAAGGAGGUGUCUUUUGACGCCCUGGCUGCGGCGAUGGCCGCGGCCGGCGCCACGCCAGCGGCGCCUCCCGCACCGGCGCCUGCGCCGGCCGCGCCUGCGCCGGCCGCGCCUGCGCCGCCUGCGCCGGCGGCUGCUCCCAAGGCCCCGGUUGCCGCAAGCGACACGACCGCCAGCGCCGCCCCGGCCGCCGCCAAGGAAAAAUCGCCUGCGGCUGCCCCCGCGCCGGCGAAGGCGGAGCCAGCCCCCAAGCCGGCCGCCGCCCCCGCGCCUGCGCCCGCUCCCAAGGCUGCGGCCCCGGCGCCUGCUGCCUCGUCUGCCCCUGCCCCCGCACCGGCCCCCGCGCCGGCCCCCGCGCCCGCGGCGGCCCCUUCGUCUGCAUCGGUCCAGGACAGCAAGCUCCAAGUGAAGGUGUCGGUGGCCCCGGAGGGCACCGCCAGCACCAGCGACUAAGGCCGAAGGUGCUGGGGCUUGCGACUUGCGAGGGCUCUGCCUCGCGCAUUGGCUUCGGACGCUGGCCCUCGGUCAGCGUCCCGACAUUAAGUUCUGACCUACCGUAGGAUAGGAUUGCGGGGCACGGCAGGUGCAGCUGGGGUGAGGGUACGGUAAUUGGCGCGUGAUUGCGUUGUGGCGGCGCCGGGUGAAGCCGAGUUUGGCCGCUUUGGCUAGUCAUUUGUGUGGAUAUGCGGCGCGUGUGGCGCUGGUGUCGCUUGCGCAGCGACGCAUGCGCUGAGUUUAUACAUUUUUCGUGGGGAGUACGGUCCUGGGAGUUGCAAUCGCCUUUUUUUAUCAACAAUACCAGGUCCAGGCGCUCUCAGUUUCACAAGAGUUGGGGAGCGCGAGUUGUUCUAAUGUGGAUGCGAGUGAGUAAAGAUUAGUAGCGGACGCCGGUGAGGUCAACUAUGCAGCACGCGGCGCAGGGCAUGCAAUUUUUCACGCGGCUGCGACAGGCAUUGCGACUGAGUGAUAUUGGAGGGGCUGCAACGGCCCUGCUUCAACACAUACCGUAGAGAGAUGUGCGGGCUUGCGCAUGCUGCAGUGCGCGCCUAUGACCACUUGCAGUUUUGAUGCGUGUAGGGCGACGCCGCAAGUUGUGAACGCCGCAGCAUUCGACGCGGUUGAGUCGUUGCGGCGUUUUGAGUGUUUGGGGUCCCCUGCCGCGCAGCAGUUGCUUCCUGCUUUGCUGCCGUGUGACGACGAGACACAUGCGCCGCGCGUACCUGCAACAGUUUUGAGCAAUGGAGGUUUUGAGUGCGAGGCGAUGAGAGAAUGAGGUGCGCGGUCCGGGCUUGGUCCAGGCUGGAAGGAGACCUUGCUGUGCGAGAGAGAGAGAGAAAUCGGACGGACGCGGCCCUUGUGAUUAUUUGUUGCGGCCGUCAUCAACCUCCAUGUAAGUCCGGGAGAUCUGCGGCCAUACGCCAGUAGUGUGCCGGGGAGGCGUCACGUAGUGUAGUAGGACAGUCGGCUAAAGACACGUAGUGUAGUAG